UAUGGGUGGUAAGCUGUUUCGUGCACAUGCACAAUACCCACAUCUAUCGGGAUAUUUAACCAAACCAUUAUUGGACUCCGUUCAUCUCCUGGACAGGCUCUACCUAUGUAUGAUAAAUGCUCUGCAUGGUCCUCAGAUAGUGAGUUUGCAGCCUAAUUGCGAGUCUGCACAUUGCAGGUGUGAAUAUUGUAAACAAUGAGCGUUUUCAUCAGGAUCACCGUUAGAUAAUCUGAGAUUCAUCAGAGACCGAGACAGUAUUUAACGGGAAGUUUAAGUCAAUAAGAUGUCCAAAAUUGAGCGUCUGAACGCCCGAGUGGAAAAGCUGCUGUCUAAAGCUGUGCAGGAGGUUCUGGAGGUGGUGAAAGAGACUGUGUCAGAGUACCAGGAGAAAACUGCUAGAACACAGAGAGAGAACCAGAGUCUGAAGAGGAGGCUGCAGGAGCUCCAGGAUAAGUUAAAAUUGGAAAGCAAUGGAAUCAUGCCACACAUGUCCCUUGCGGCCCAGCAGACUGCAGAUGCAGAGCUCCGUCUCGUGGAUCAGAAACAGAAAGAAGAGCUGGAAGAGGACAUUGAACUCAUCCCCUCUGAUAAGGGCAAUACAGUAAUAAGUCCCUCAUAUUCCCUUGAAGACCUUGAUUGUGAAGCAUCCAUCUCAUCAUUAGCCACCCCCUGUAUAUCCCCGAGAGCUACAACAGGACCACAUUUAGGUGGUGAUAACUUGAACUAUCCAAGAACUCUUAAAACGGAGAGUAAUAGUGGACUCAUAGUGCCAAAUUCAAACCAUGUAGACCCCGUCCCUGCUGUCACAAUCUCUGGAAACUAUAAAAUGAAAGUAGAGCCAACAUCGGAUGAAGACGCCAUGCACACUACAAAUUAUUUCUAUGAGGAUGCUGGUACUAGCGCUACUUCCUUACACAGACUGAACCCAGAUCAUCCUCAAGCCAAUGCAGGACUCUACAGUGAGUCGGGGGUUGCCUUCAGUCUGGACCAAAGUGGCACAGAAGAGCCGUUAUCUCAAAUAUACAACAAUGCAGACAGCACUGGAGCAGAAAAACAACACAGCGCUCAAACAAACACAAAAGCAGGAGGCUCGGGCUCAAGAGCGUUCCAGAGAAACGUCCGAAAACACUACUGCUGCUCGCUCUGUGGCCGCACCUUCAGGCACGCAGGCGACUACAAGAAACACAACAGGGUGCACACGGGUGAGAAACCGUACUGCUGCUCGGUGUGCGGGAAGCGCUUCAGCCAGUCGGGAUACCUCACAGUGCAUCUGCGCUACCACACGGGAGAGAAGCCGUUUGGCUGCAGCCACUGUGGCAAAAGUUUUAGUCACUCAAGUAACAUGAAGAAACACCAGCAAACUCAUCAGUGAGGCUGCUGUGUUUUGUGCACAUUGUGCAGCAGAUGUAUGCAGAUGUUUCUAUACAUAUCGUGUUACUGACAGUCAGGGAUGGACAGUGAAAAUGGCUUCUAUGUUAUCUUCUAUGAGCAUUUAUGUGGAGGUCAGAUGAGCGUAUUGUAAUCUUGAUGUAAAAAUUAUGUAGCUUUACGAGUUUUAUAUGGGAAAAAGUAAUUGUGCCUUCUUUUAUUAAAACAGGAAUCUUAUUGUAGAUUGCAUGUCCACUUUCAAGUAUCAAGAACAGUCCAGUACACAGUACACAGUACAUUCCCACUGUUCCUGCCCGGCUGUUGUUUGUCAAAUGUUUAGAGUUUUGUUUACUGUGUUGUUCGUUGCUGAGAUUCCUGUGUGGACCUCCACAUUAAUUUUCAAAAUCAAAUAAAUGUAUUUGGUACUUCUUUAUGGUAAA